UCGUGAUCCCCUUCUUUCUUCUAAAAUCAGUUGAUCUUAAAUAAGCUAAGGAAAGAAUUAUCUUCGGAUCAACCGACUGCAGUGAUGUGGAAAUUUUUCAGUGUCAUCGCGAUAUUGGUUUCACUCCCACUUUCCAGUAUAACUAUAAGCUCAUCCAUUGGUGCAGACUUGAAUAAUGCACACCCACUCCGCAUCCCUUUGGAAAAGAAGCUGUUUGUGAGGGGUGGCGAUGGGAUCUUCAAUUUCACUGCCGCUCAAUUGUCACAUCAGCAUACGCUUAGAAAAUAUCGGGGCACUUGUGAGAAAUACAAACACGCCCGAAGCUUUUGGCCCAGCCUAUCCAAAUUGUCAAGGCCAUACCGUCAUCAUAGGCGCCAAAUUGAAAGGUUAACUAAUCAAGGCAAUCAGAUGUGGACUGGACUCGUAAAAAUUGGAACGCCAAGCCAAACCUUCAGUGUAGAUUUCGACACGGGGUCGGGAGAUUUUUGGGUUCCGUCAAUCGAUUGCAAAGAUAACCCAUGCGGCUCUAAGAAUAUUUAUAAUGCAUCUGCAAGCAGCACAUCUACAAGACUUCCGGAUUCAUUUAAGGUUAAUUAUGGAGAUGGAUCAACUACAUCAGGAAACCAAUACAGAGAUUCGGUCAAAUUGGCAGGAAUCACCAUUGCCAACCAGACCUUCGCCGGUGUAUCGAAGCUGAGCGACGAAUUUCAACACGACCCAACAGAUGGCGUAUUAGGUCUAGCCUAUCCCGCAAUCUCUCAUUUGAAGUCGCCUUCGUUCAUUGAAAACGCAUUUAAUCAAGGAUUGAUACCAUCUAAGACGUUUUCUUUCAAAUUAGCCAACGAAGGUGGUGAGCUAUAUUUGGGGGGAGUGAAUCCAUCCAGGUUUGUAGGUACACUAGAAGCACAUCCAGUUAUACGACAGGCAUAUUGGGAGAUUGGUAAUGGGAGUGUUAAUGUUAAUAGCAUCAACAUCAGUCAAAAUGGCCGAAUGAUUCUUGAUAGUGGUACAACAAUUAUAUAUGGACCAAAGCUAGCUGUGGAAAAACUAUACUCUUCGGUCGACGGAGCAAAGAAAUACGAGAAACGGGAUGGCCUUUGGAAAUUCCCUUGCGUGAGCGCACCAUCGGUUUCUUUCAGCUGGAACGGUGGAGGGCAAUGGGCAAUAGACCCGAAACGAAUGUCACUAGGUAAAGUGGAAGCUAACUCAGCCGAAUGCAUCGGUGCUAUCUCGAGUCAAGCUGUCGGCCUGAAUGAUUCCUGGCUACUGGGCGAUACAUUCAUGUCUAAUGUUUACAGCGUCUUUAACCCAGUCGGGGGUGGAACUGUUUCCUUCGCCACACCGGUAUAGAAAUCGGAAGCAUAUCAACUCCUUCAAUUAUCAGUCAUCCUAACCUAAUGCUUGCCCACGAUGAGCGCCGAUUAGCUUUGGAAAGUCAAAAACCAUUUGACAUCAAUCAUGGUCACUGGUGUCCAUAUUGUUUUGGCCUUAUCUUAUGUAUGAUAUACUAUACUUUGCGAUAGCUUAAAUUCAAUGAACCCCAUCUGAUUGUACUCGCAGGAGGUGUGCUAAAUGGUAAGUACGCGCCCCUGGAGGAACGUCGGAG